UUUCGAACUGCCUUGCAGAUCUGUGAUUGAAGCUUUAGGGAUCCACUUUACCUGGGUACCUCCUCAGGACUGAUAGUGCUAGAGGUAUUGAACUAACAGGGGUCUGAUAGGGGACCUGUCGCGCACUACAGGCGCAUCCCUCAUCUCCAUCUGCCCAAAUUCAAACUCCAGUAGUUUUCCAACCUACUGUAUUGGAUCAUGCUUCGUGACCUUGAUUUUUCGAUUUAGUUUGUCUAUUCCCUUUGCCUUUGCAUAUAAUUUCCCUGCCUUUCCAUUAUUAGCAUUUCCAAUUACCAGCUUACUUACUCGGCUGAUCGAAAGUUUGUUGUUGUUUUGUACACAGCUGGCACUGUGUGUCUAGGCUUAACUUUAAAUCCGUCCGCCGCAGUCCAAUUGCACCGACAUCGACGCAUGUUACGAUUUAACAGCUGUUCGCAGUCGAAGUGAUGGUGGCUUCUCGAAAUUUGUACCGAUAUCCGGCUUGAGAUAUUUUAGACGUAGCCUACGAUGGCUGUGCGCCGUGUGAGGAUUAUACUCGCCAUCGUUGCCUUUUGGGUUCUGGCUUCGUGGUACUACAACUCGGGAGGAUCAGGCACCACAGGCUUGUUUAGCUCCAUGCCCGGGUCCAAGAAUGGAGGUGGUGAACGAUGGACACGGCUGCCAACACGGUACCAAGUUGAUACACUCGCCCAGCUGCCGACGAACAAGCCUGCGCGGCCUAUUCCCCGAAUACAAGCUCCUAGGCCGCAGGAGGACGCCACCUCGAGAGACGAGCGACUUACGAGGCUAGCCGUAGUAAAAGAGAGCUUCCACCACAGCUGGGAGGGCUAUAAAAAGAAUGCGUGGGGUCACGAUGAGAUCAAGCCUAUCUCGGGCCAGUAUAAAGAUCCCUUUGGUGGCUGGGCCGCUACUCUGGUCGAUUCACUAGAUACAUUAUGGCUUCUUGGCUUAAGAGACGAGUUUGAGACUUCGGUGAAGGCUUGCGAUGAGAUUGAUUUUACGACCACCAUGUCACAGGAUAUUAACGUGUUUGAGACCACCAUCCGAUAUCUUGGUGGAUUUUUGGCUGCAUACGAAUUGAGUGACAAACAAUAUCCCAGUCUGUUGAAUAAGUCUACUGAGGUCGCAAACCUUUUAAUGACUGCCUUUGAUACCCCAAAUAGAAUGCCUAUACCUCGAUUUAAUUGGAGGAAUUAUGUUCGGGGCAGGGCUCAAAGGGCACCGACGACAGUUUUGUUGGCCGAGAUCGGCUCUCUCAGUCUUGAGUUCACCAAGAUGUCCCAAUUGACGGGAGAUAUGCAGUACUAUGACGCUGUACAACGUAUAUACGAUGAGCUAGAAGUUGCGCAAAGCAACACUCGGCUUCCGGGCAUGUGGCCAGUCAUGAUUGAUGCCUCUACCUCACCGAUGAGUUUCAAAGGCGAUGGCUUUUCUCUUGGUGGCAUGAGCGACAGUGCUUAUGAGUAUCUCCCAAAACAGUACCUGCUUCUCGGAGGCUCUCUCGAGCAGCCACGGAAAAUGUACGAAGGGUUCAUUGAUGUUGCCGAGAAACAUCUCUUGCGUCGCGCACUGCACCAAGGCAACCUUCCCAUCCGCUUCUUUGGGGAUGCCCAUGUAUCUAAACCACCCAACGCGGAAGCAAUCGUGGUUACAACCCCUCGAACACAACAUCUUACUUGUUUUGUCGGUGGCAUGCUUGGUAUGGCAGCAAAGAUCUUCAACCGGCCUGACGAUCUCAAAGUAGCCGCAGAGCUUACCGAUGGUUGUGUUUGGUCUUAUAGCGGUACGCCCUCGGGUAUCGGGCCAGAGAUAUUCUAUUACAUCCCAUGUGAGGAGAAUGACUGCCAGUGGAGUGACAGUAGAUGGAAAGAUGCAAUCAGAAAGCAUUGGAGCUCUGGUCAAAGAGAUGAAACCUUAACAGAUGAACAGAUCGCCGAACUUGUCGACGCUCGCCGAUUGCCUCUAGGGAUGGUUGACGUGUACGACCGGAGAUACCAGUUACGACCAGAAGCUAUUGAAUCAGUCUUUUACAUGUACAGAUUGACUGGCGACCAGACAUGGAUGAACAAAGCCUGGGACAUGUUCACCUCCAUUGAGAAGCACACGCGAACUGCCUAUGCAUCGGCAGCCCUAGAUGACAUUACGAUGAUGAAGCCGGACCAGUUGGACAGCAUGGAGAGCUUUUGGCUCGCCGAGACGCUGAAAUACUUCUACCUCAUUUUUAGUGAUUGGGAGCUCUGCGAUUUGGACAAAUGGGUACUGAAUACAGAGGCACACCCGCUCCGGCGAGCUGAUGCGUAGAGAAAGGGGAAUAUAAAGAAUCAUAUGACAGUUUGGAUACAAGUGCUUGGCUGCAUUAUUUGGUAAUUGUGCAUAGUAUUAUAGACAUACAUAGAUGGGCUCACAAACUUGAAUAUACAUACUCGACCUUGUCACACGGAAA